CUCAUUACUUACUGAUAACAAUAGUCGGGCUGUUUCAGAAAGCUGGUGUAUGAAGUCAGAUCAUCAAUUGGUUGAUGCAUAUAUAAUUAACGUCUAUAUGCAACGAAAUUAAUUUGACAGGUGCGAGUUAUUUCCUAAAGUAUUUAACACGUAGGAAUUUUAAAUCUUGUUAAUGCUGCCAAGUGACUUUCAUGUAAAGAUUUUGCCAAACAUGAAGAUGAUGCAGGCAAAGUAACAGAUCUAGUUAAAAAGAGUAAUUUCUUAAUCAGCGAAGAUAGUGAAGAUGUUUAUUUGAAAUGAAGGAAGAUGUUAUACAACGAUGAACCAAUACAGUUGCUUUUUAUUUUUGUUACGUUUCUACAUUUAACACUGGGAGGGUCAGUUUCGGACAAUUGUGAACUUAUCACAGUGAAGUUUUGUAAAAGUAUGCCAUAUAACUACACAAAGCUACCAAACUCGCUUAACCAUCGUAACCAGGACAGCAUUGAUAAUCUAUUAUCACACUUUGAUCCUUUGAUACAGAUUGAAUGCAGUGAAAAUCUACAAAAGUUUCUAUGUUCCUUGUAUGUUCCAAUUUGCAACGAUCUCGAUAAAUUUAUAUUGCCAUGCAGGGAUCUGUGUAUGGAUACUAAAACAAAGUGUGAAAAGCGUAUGCUUUCAUAUGGAUACAAGUGGCCAGAAAAUCUGGAAUGUAGCAAGUUUUCAGAAAAACCGAUGGAAGAGGACAUGGAAAAUCUGUGUAUACCAUUGAAAGAAUCUAAUGACACCGGAUUUGAUUCCACUGACCUGUUAUUCUCCUACAAAGAUGUAGACUCUAAAGAAAUUGUUGUAGAUAACACCUUUAGUGAACCCAUAAUUUUACUCUUAUCAACAUGGCAUCAGAUUUUACUGUAUGACAUACCCAUACAGGAUACCAUUCCUUUACACACCGGAUUAGGACAAGGAGCAUUCAUAGAUUUUUAUUAUCAAGAAAAGCUAAUAUUUUGGGCAGAGGAGGGCGACGGCAGAAUACACAGAGCUUCACUAACUUUAGACGUAUUUCGAGAUAUCCGAGUGAUAGUUGACACAAGUCCAUCAAACAUUGAGAGUAUAGCUGUAGAUUGGAUAACUGGUCAUCUAUUAUGGUUAGAGUCUUAUCCAGCAAGUCUUAAGGCGUCAAAAUUAGAUGGAAGCGACCCAACAGUUAUAUAUACAUUUAUUGAUGAGAGGAAAGUUCCUAAAUUCCUAGUUAUAGAUCCACUAGCAGGGUAUUUGUUUUGGAUAGAUUCUGAAGGUGAUCUCUAUGCUCCAGGUGCUUGUAUAGAACGAUUCAACUUAAGGGAUAAUGAAAGAUCUACAAUAUUUAACAUUUCCAAGGAUGAGUUACACAACAUGGGUCGACCCAAAGGCCUCACAUUAGAUAUGAAUGCACACAAACUUUACUGGACUGAUGCUCGAUCCGAGUCUCUCCAGUGUAUUGAUUAUAAUGGCAAAAACUUCCAAAUAUUAGUAACUAACCCGAAUUAUCUUGGAGAACCAUUAGCUUUAUCUAGAUACAAAACAAAUCUGUUUUGGUCUGAUCGGGACACGAAGUCCAUAGGCAAGAUUGAUUUAAAGAACGGGAAGAAGCCCUCAUUUAUAGAAUCAUUGAUAGCAUCACCUGCUACCGACCUGAAAGUAUUUCAUAAGGAUGUUCAACCAAAAGGCAAAUCGCAUUAUACCAUCAAACUGGAGAAAUCGAGGAAACCAAACGGAGCUUGUGUUUCCUAUGGAAACUUCCUACCGAUUUUGACAAUUACUUUGCUGUUAAUUACUUGUUUUCGUUGAAAAUUUAUUAAAAAUCAACAUAAUUUAUUUUCAAUAUUGUACAAAAUACAGUUUUAGACAUGAU